AUGUCCACUGCUUCGGAGGUGCCGUUUAUUGAUAUCCCGUUACGAGACCCUUCGUUUACCGGAACAUUUCUAAAGUCCAUUAUUCGAUACGGAGGAGCAGAUUCUUUAGGAUCUGUGAUCGCUUCCGUUUGCGGAAACUCGAUCGACAUUCUUCUUACAUAUUUGGCCGCUAUCGACUUGGGUGGUAUUGUUGUUCCAGUGAAUCCAGCAUCGAAACAGUGCAAGUCGUGGUUUUUGCUUCGCAACGAAAUUGAGAAUUACUUGACGAUGUGCAAUGUGCAGUACGUGCUCACCGAAAGCCAUUAUGCAAAAAGAAUGACUGAUAUUCUAAAUCAAUCCAAACCCAGCUCCAUUUCUAUGAUAUUGCUGGAAGAGUUGUCAGAAGCAGAUCACGACGAACAACAAUUAAAAGCCGGAGCGGAAAUCUCACUUCAGCCAGCAAGCGGAGAUACUAUCACCACAAUUAAUAUCGUACCGCCUAUUUUGGAGUUUCUCGUGAAACAUCCAUUGGUUAAUUCUUUUGAUUUGAGCUCACUCAGGAGUGUAUAUGUCGGAGCGGCUAAAUCCGAUGAAAAUCUUUUGCGAUGUCUGAAACAUCGCCUUCCUGGACUUCGGGAUAUUAUCCAGUUAUUUGGAAUGACUGAGACAGGAAUGCUAAUCUUUGUGACUCCAUCUGCAAACUCAAUUCUUUCUUCAGUGGGAAGAGCUAUGCCUGGGGUUAAAGCGAAGGUAGUCAACGAUGACGGCAAACAACUUGGACCCAACGAAAUAGGCCAGCUUUUACUACAGUCACCGACAAUGAUGCAAGGCUACUUAGGAGAAGAAGAGUAG